UUGGAGCUCCUCCCCUCUGAUUACGCAAAGAUACAAUUAUCUAAAAGAGUAAGAUUAAACUGGAUUUUGCGUAAUAAAAGAACAGAUUUUGGGCAUAAAGUAGCGCACUCAAACGAAGAACUGCAAACGAGUGAAGAACAUGAAGACCGUCCUUGCCGCCCUUCUCGUCUUUGUGCUCGUCGGUCAGGGUGAGGCUCUGCGAUGUUACUGCGGAGGAAUGCGGAUUGAGAACUGCCCACCUGAGAGUGAUGCAUGUAUCAGUGGCAUUUUUAAUCCUCCAAUGACACCUGGCUACGUGAAAGGCUGCUAUACGAAGCAUGGCUGCGAUUAUUUGAGACGCUUCGCCACAGUUUCCUGCUGUGACACCGACUUGUGCAACGAAUAAAAGUCCGUGGAUAGUAUCCAGCCCUAAUUUGCCUUUUAAUAUCUGAAUAAAUACAUUGUUUACCUAUG